AUGUCGAGGGUAUCAGAUACAGUACCCACCUUAGGAGAUGGCGUUUACGACAUGAUAUGUGUUGGAUUUGGUCCGGCCUCUCUAGCGAUAGCUAUUGCUUUGCAUGAUGCUCUAGAUCCGCAGUUAUCCGGGUCCCCAGCAGCAACACACCGGCCGAAAGUAUGUUUCCUCGAAAAACAAAAGCAGUUCAAAUGGCAUUCUGGCAUGUUACUGCCUGGGUCGAAGAUGCAGAUUUCCUUCAUCAAAGACCUAGCCACCGUCCGCGAACCUCGCAGCGAAUUUACCUUUCUGAACUAUCUAAAAAGCCAAGGGCGACUUUUAAGCUUCACCAACCUGGGCACUUUUCUACCUUCACGACUAGAGUUUGAGGACUACAUGCGUUGGUGCGCCAAUCGAUUUGAGGAUGUUGUAGCAUACGGACAAGAGGUGCAAGAAGUCGUGGCAGGGGGUGCUGAGGCUUCCGGUCUCACCCAGUCAUUCCUUGUCCGCUCAAAAGAUCUGAAUUCUGGUGUUAUUUCCACCAGGCGAACAAGACAUGUGGUAAUUGCUGUAGGAGGCAAGCCCAGGAUGCCGCACGGAAUCCCUCAGAAUCCACGUAUCAUGCAUUCAUCUGCAUAUUGCACAACCCUGCCAGAUUUGUUGAAAGAUCACUCUAGUCCAUACCACAUCGCUGUACUAGGAGGCGGACAGAGUGCAGCAGAGAUAUUUCACGAUCUGUCAAAGAGAUACCCUAAUGCUAAAACGACUUUGAUCAUGAGAGACUCUGCCCUGCGUCCUAGCGACGAUUCCCCUUUCGUCAACGAGAUUUUUGAUCCGGGACGAAUUGAGGAGUUUUAUGCGCUUUCAUCGGAGGAGCGUCGCAUUUCGAUUGCUGCUGACCGUGCUACCAACUACAGCGUGGUCCGGCUUGAGUUGAUCGAGCAAAUCUAUCAGGACAUGUACAUGCAAAGGAUUAAAAACCCAGACUCUUCCACGUGGCAGCAUCGUAUCCUUCCUCGUCACACGAUAGAGGGCGUUUACCAAAUUCGCACCAAUGAAUGCUUGAAGAUCCACCUCCAGACAGCAGAUAAUCGGCGACAAAAGGAGGUUCUCGAGGUGGACGCAUUGAUGGUCGCCACCGGCUAUACGCGAAAUACGUAUGAAGAAUUGCUGAGUAAAGUUCAGAAUCUCCGGCCCACAGGAUCAAUCCACUGGGGGGUAAAUCGCAACUAUAGUGUGAUACUGGAUCGAGCCAAAGUGGGUUCUCGGGCUGGGAUCUGGUUGCAAGGAUGCAAUGAAAGCACGCAUGGACUGAGCGACAGCCUGCUGUCCGUGUUGGCUUCACGAGCUGGGGAAUUGGUCGAGUCGAUACUGCGAGAACACCUGCCGAAGCCGGGUCGCGCGCGGGCUCUUCUGUGA